AUGGCCACUUCAAUUUCUUCGGUGCUGUGUAUCAUUCUAGGGACGCAAGUAACAAGUUAUAGAAUAAACGAUUUGGAAAGAGGAGUCGACUACGAGUUCAGGGUCGCCGGUCAGAAUCACAUCGGAGUCGGUCAGGAAGCCAUAAAAUACAUGACAACACCGGAAGGUAAGCCUACUGGCCCCCCGACCAACAUAACAUACCAUUUUCAAACACCCGACGUCGUGUGCGUUUCUUGGAGCCCGCCCCUUCGCGAACACCGAAACGGCCAAAUAAUCAAAUACGAAAUCCAGUUCCACAAAAAGUCCGACCACAGCAACACUGUCCGUAAUGUGUCACAUACGAAAGCGGUGUUCGUUAACUUGGAAGAGAAUACCGAGUACGUCUUCCACGUGAGAGCCUUCACGAGUCAAGGAGAAGGGCCAACCAGCGAGAAGUUCACUAUACAGACUGAAAGGGAUAUAGGAAGAGCCCCCAUGUCGGUUAAAGCGGUCGCGACCUCGGAUUCCAGUGUGGAAGUGUGGUGGGAGCCGGUACCGUCCAGAGGGAAGGUUAUAGGUUAUAAGAUUUUCUACACGAUGACAGCUGUUGAAGACUUGGACGAGUGGCAGCAGAAAACCGUAGGACUGACCGAAUCUGCGGAUCUGGUUAACUUAGAAAAGUAUGCUCAAUACGCCAUAGCCGUGGCAGCUAGGAUGAAGAAUGGCCUCGGAAGACUGUCCGAGAAAGAAACCGUCAAAGUCAAGCCGGAGGACGUUCCUCUGAACUUAAGAGCGCACGAGGUUACCACCCACUCGAUGACCUUGUCGUGGUCCCCGCCCAUAAGGCUGAAUCCAAUCAAAUACAAAAUAUCCUUCGACGCGGUGAAGGAGUUCGUCGAUUCGCAGGGAAUCACCCAAACCCAAAUCAUCCCCAAAGUGGAGAUCAGGCUGGACUCCGCCGCGAGAUCCCACACAAUCAACGAGCUGUCGCCUUUCACUACGUACAACGUGAACGUCAGCGCCAUCCCGACAGACAGUUCCUACAGGCCUCCCACCAAGAUCACCGUGACUACUCAGAUGGCGGCUCCCCAACCGAUGGUCAAACCGGACUUCUACGGGGUAGUGAACGGCGAGGAGAUCCACGUGAUUCUGCCGCAAGCUUCGGAGGAAUACGGGCCCAUCAGCCACUACUACCUGGUGGUCGUCCCCGAGAACAAGAUGUUGACGCAGCGUAAUCCGGAUCAGCUCUUGACGGACGAGUUGAUUUCGAACGUGGAUAAGAUACCCGAGAACCCCGGUUUGCCCUACAUCGCGGCCAAGUUUCCCCAGAGGAACAUUCCCUACACUUAUCACCUGGGGACCGGGGAGAGCAACGACGGGUACGUCAACUACAAGUUGGAGCACGGGAAGCGUUACAGGAUUUUCGUCAGGGCCGUCGUAGACACGCCCCAAAAGCAUCUCUACACGAGCAGUCCCUUCUCGGAGUUCUUGUCUCUGGACAUGCGGGAGGUUCCUCCGGGAGAUCCGCCACUCAGACCCAACCCUAACACGACAUCCGACAACGACGUGAAGGUUAGCUCUCAGAAGAAGGAAGCCGGAGUGUUGUGGAUAAUCGGCCCCAUCAUCGCGGCGCUCCUCCUCUCCGUGAUUCUCGUGAUACUGUUCAUUUUGAGGAAGCGCAGGCAGCCCUGCAAAACCCCGGACCAAACCGCAGUCACCAGGCCCCUGAUUCAGCCGGAUCUCAACGCUAGUAUCGCUCCCAGCGAUCCCGUGGAAAUGCGGAGGUUGAAUUUCCAAACUCCCGCCAUGAUAUCGCACCCUCCCAUUCCCAUAUCCGAGCUGGCCAACCACAUAGAGCGGUUGAAGGCGAACGACAACUUGAAGUUCUCUCAGGAGUACGAGAGUAUCGAGCCUGGUCAGCAGUUCACGUGGGAUCAUUCGAACAUGGAUGUCAACAAGCCGAAGAACCGGUACGCUAACGUCAUCGCCUACGACCACAGUAGGGUGAUCCUGCCUAGCGAGGGCGGGAUCUUGGGGACGGACUACAUCAACGCCAACUACUGCGACGGGUAUCGGAAGCACAACGCGUACGUCGCGACGCAAGGCCCUCUCCAGGAAACCUUCGCGGACUUCUGGCGGAUGUGCUGGGAGCUGCGGUCGUACACUUUGGUGAUGAUGACGAAGCUGGAGGAACGAACCCGGAUAAAGUGCGACCAGUACUGGCCAACGCGCG